UACAUGAAUCUACGUAUUAUUACUGAGAUUUGGAAUUACCCGAUUUAUUUUUCAGAAUAUUAGAACUAAAAAAAAAAUAAUAAAAAUAACAAAAGAAGCUGGCUCAAGGGAUAUAUAAUCCCAUCUCCUAUCUACUUCACUCUCUUUCUUCCUUCCAUCGAGGCAGCUCUGCUUGCAUACCUAUGGGCAUUUCUAUGUACAUGCCUAUUUAUUUGACAGACUUGCAAAAACAUUGAGAACAAAUUGUCAACACAUGGAGCAAACCAAGCUAAUCAGGUCUAAUCUAGGCCAGGUCCCCGUGCAGUUUCAACCUUUUGAUAAUAGAAGCGGACAUCUUCGUAUUGCUAAAUCUGUCUCUAUGCCAUUUUCACAUGUGGAUAGAAGGCAGCCCAGAAUGCGUUCCAGUCAAAUGCAGCAAUCUAGUUCAGUUGUAUGUCAUGUUGGUUUGAAUGCAAGGUGCUCUGCAGCAACUUCAGAGCAAACAAAAACCGUGACGCAGAAGGCUGCAACAAUUUCUGGCAUUCCUGGCAAGGAGAAGGCAGCAAAACUUGAUGAUGGUGGAUUUGGUUUCCCACCCCAUCAUGAUGGUGGAGGCGGUGGCGGCGGAGGUGGAGGCGGAGACAGUUCUUCAGGUGGAUGGAUCCUUUUUGCAGUUCUUGGUGUCUUGGGCUUUUUAAAAGAUAAAGAAAUUGAGUGGCGUAAUCAGAAGGAUAAAUGAAGAUGAGUGAGAUUUUUCACUAGUAUAAACAAGGACAUUUGGCUUACAUUAUUGGUAUUAGAGAUUUUUGUUCUAAAUUUCUUUGACUAGAUGACCAAAGUUUGAUAAUUAGAGAAGGCUUAUCUUGA